GCCCGCUGAUGACUCGGUAGGUUUUACAGAACUGGACUGCUGUACGAAGCGCGUGUUUGCUCUUUCUUCAGGGAGAAAAAACGGAGCAAAACAAAAGAAGGGAGAGACAAAUCGGCGAUUCGAGGCUAAGGAGGCUGCUUGACCAGUUCAUAUGCUGAUGCACAGAGGUGUCUAAUGGGCUUCUGGGCAGAGCUGACCAUGUGAGGAGGGGACUCUUAGAAGAGAAGAGCAGAAACUUGGGUGGAGAGAAGAGUUUCACACGGAACAAUGGCUUUAGCCAGAGAUGAGGUAAUGGAUCGACGCCUGACCUGCAUUAAACAAGAGGACUGUGACUGGGGAGCACCCGAGAAUGUAUGGCUGAAGCUGGAGGACUGUGAAGGAAGAAUUUCGAUUUCUAAACCGGAGGAGUCCCAGGAGGGGAUUGCUGACAUUAAAAAUGAAGAUUCAGAGGACUUCUCAGUUACUCUCGACCUGCCAAAACAAGAAACUGGGAAUGUCUUCAAACAGGAGGUUUUUUGCGGAGAGUCUCAUUCCAGUUCACAGCCCUGGCUCGCUAACACGGGAGGACACCUGUCUGCUGAACAGAAUUCUGUGGAACUGAAAUCGGAGUUUGAGGAGGAAGUCCUUGAAGGAAAUGAAAAAGGAGAAGAAGAAGAGCAGAAGUCAUCUAGGAGUGUUAGAAUAGGUUCACAUGAGAAUGCUCAGACCUCUUUUGAGAGCAGACAGCAACAGGAACAGGACAAGGAGAAGAUGAAUAAAUCAACAAGAGGAUCUGAGACUAUGGCUACUUUGCAGUGUAGUUCCCCUCCUACCGGUCUAACACAGGUAGGAGCCAUCAAGACUGAUCAACAAGAAGUGCAUAACACAAAUCGACAGACUUUGUGUGCUCGACAGGAGUGCACAAAAACCUUCAAAUACAAAUCUGACUGUAAAGAUCACAAGUUGAUCCAGACCGGACAGAAGCCAUAUGCCUGUUCUGAAUGUGGAAAACUCUUUUCACGGAGAGACCAUCUUAACAAACAUGAAAGAAUUCACACUGGAGAGAAGCCUCAUUGCUGCUCAGAGUGUGGCAAACAAUUCUCGCAAAUAAGCAAUCUUCAGAUCCACACUAGAAUCCACACUGGAGAAAAACCUUAUUGCUGCUCUAAAUGUGGUAAGCGAUUCUCCCAUAACAACACUCUCCAGCAACACACCCGAAUUCAUACUGGAGAGAAGCCAUUUGGCUGUUCUGAAUGUGGCAAGAGAUUCUCCGUUAACAGUAGCCUGCAGAAGCACAUGACCAUCCACAGUGGAAAGAAACCGCAUUGCUGUUGUGAAUGUGGCAAAACGUUUUCCUACAACAGCAGUCUUCAGAAACAUGCAAAAAUUCACACUGGGGAGAGAACUCAUUGCUGUUCCGAUUGUGGGAAAAGAUUCUCACAAAUAUGCCAUCUUCAACGCCACAUCCGAAUUCAUACCGGAGAGAAACCUUAUUGUUGCACGGAAUGUGGAAAACGGUUCUUGGAGGUCAGCCAUCUUCAGAGUCACAUCAGAACUCACACGGGAGAGAAACCAUACUGUUGUUCAGAAUGUGGCAAACGAUUUGCGUACAGCAAUACCCUUCACAAACACAGAAGAAUUCACACGGGUGAGAAACCUCACUGCUGUUCUGAAUGUGGGAAAAGAUUCUCGGAGGUGUUCCAUCUUCAGUGUCACCUUAGAAUCCACACUGGAGAGAAGCCGUAUUGCUGUCCUGAAUGUGGAAAACAAUUCUCAAACAGCAGUGGCCUUCAUAGACAUAAGCGAGUUCAUAGUGGAGAGAAGCCUUACAGCUGCUCUGAAUGUGGUAAGAGUUUUUCAGACAGAAGGCGACUUCAUAGACAUAUGAGAAUUCACACUGGAGAGACAGAAAAUAAUAAAAUGGCAGGAGAGGCAAACAAAAAUAUGGCAAAUGUGGAAUCAAUGGCCUCCUCUAAAGACGAUGGCAUGGAUGGAAGUCUAGUGCACGUUAAAGAAGAGGACUGUGAGUGGGGCACAUCCGAGAAUGUGUGUGUGAAGCUAGAGGCCUGGGAAUUAAACAGAUUGGGUUUGAAAGAGGAGGAGUGCAAGGGGGAGACUGUUGAGAUCAAAGUGGAGGAUUCGCAAGAAAUUGCAGUUAGUCCUGAACUGCGAAAGUAUGAAGCUGGGAAUAUUUUCAAGGGAGAUAUCUGUGAAGAAUCUCAUUCCGGUUUACAGCCCUGGGCCACUAAAAUGGGACAACUGACUAGCCGGCAGAAUUCUAUGGAACUGCAAUCUGAGUUAUGUGACUUGAAGGGGAAAAUCGAUGAAGGAAAAGGGAGCAAAGAAGAGGAGUGUCAGUCAUCCAGGAAUGGGGGAAUAAAUUUCAAAAAGAAUGGCAGCUUGCCCCCAUCUUCAUUUGCUCAUCCCUCACUUCAGUGCAGAUGGCAACACAAACAGGAGAAGGAGAAGAUGAAGAAAUCAACAAGAGGAUCAGAGAAUUUGCCACCAGCCUCUGUGCAGUGCUGUUCUCUUCCUGCUACCGGAAUCGCACAUACAAAGGCCAAGGAUUCUAAGCAACAGCAAGUACAUAAUACAGAUGAAGAGAGUUUGCAUGCCAAUCGAGAUUGUGGAAAAGCUUUUAAAAAAACACCUGGCUGUAAAGAUAAAUUGAUUCUUACGAGACGGAAGCCAUAUGCCUGUUCUGAAUGUGGUAAACUCUAUUCACGCAGCGACAGUCUUAAGAGACACAAAAGAAUUCACACUGGAGAAAAAACCCAUUGCUGCACAGAAUGUGGCAAACGAUUUCCCAGUAACAGUGCUCUUCAGCGGCAUGCAAACAUUCAUACUGGAGAGAAGCUAUAUGGAUGUUCUGAUACCGGCAAAGAAGUUUCCCAUAAGAGCAGACUUCAGAAUUAUGUAAAAAUUCACUCUGGAGAAAAACCUUAUUGCUGUUCUAAAUGUGGUAAAGGAUUCUUAUUUUUAAAUAGGCUUCAAAGACACUUAAGAAUUCACAGUGGAGAGAAGCCUCAUUGCUGUACAGAAUGUGGCAAACAGUUUUUACAAGUAAGCAAUCUACAGACCCACAUGAGAAUUCACACGGGAGAAAAACCGCACUCUUGUUCAGAAUGUGGCAAACGAUUCUCCCAGAUAAGCAGUCUUCAGAUCCACACCAGAAGCCACACGGGGGAAAAGCCAUUUAGCUGUUCUGAAUGUGGAAAACACUUCUCUUGUGGUAGUAGUCUUCAAAGGCACACACGGAUUCAUACAGGAGAAAAGCCAUAUAGCUGUACUGAAUGUGGCAAACGAUUCUCUGACAGCAGCAGUGUUCAUAGCCACACAAGAUUUCAUACUAGAGAAAGGCCAUAUUGCUGUUCAGAAUGUGGUAAAUAUUUCUCUUACAGUAGCAGUCUUCAAAGACAUACGAGAAUUCAUACUGGAGAAAAGCCAUACAGCUGUUCUGAAUGUUGCAGGAGAUUCACUGACAGUAGCACUCUUCAGAAGCACAAACGAAUUCAUACUGGAGAGAAGCCGUAUUCCUGUUCUGAAUGUGGUAAGCGAUUUUCACAAAUAAACACCCUGCAUAGGCACUCAGAGAUUCAUAAUGGAUUGAAGUGAAUCUGCAAUGAGCCAGGUGUGGUACACAGUAUCUGAAAUUUUGCCGGUGGUGUUGGGAUCAACAGGUCUCUUCAAUAAAAACCUUACAUCCCUGUCUUGACAUCCCACCAAUUGCCAUGACUCUGUAAGAACUGCAAAAGGAAAUGUUAUUAGGAACAAUGCAGGUGCUACACCAAGCCCUCAUUGCACAUUUUAGGAACUGAGAAACAAAGCAGUAGAGCUGACCUGGCAUGACUAAAGAGAGAGGUUCACUACUGUCUGUCUUGAUAGUAAGGAUGACAAGAACAUUUGGAGAACUUAACCCUGAGAGAAAGCAAUCUGGAGUCAGCCAAAUGUGGAACACAACAGCUGAAACUGGGAUCAACAGGUUUCAUCAGCAGAAACUUCCAGGCGCAUUUGAUGCCCCGCCAAUUGCUAUCACUGUGUAUGAACUGCAAAAGAAGGCAUUAUUAGGAACAAUUUGGGAACUAUGCCCAUAAAUAAACUAUUUAUAUGAUUUAUAGAAUUUAUGGGAAGAACAAUUUUAGUAGUAAAACAGAAAUGUCCAGAUUAAAAAGAGUGAGGCUUACUCCUGUUUUCAUAGUUGGCACAUAAAACUCAGUUGGAGAAAUUUACUACUGAGAGAAACUUCAUUGAAUGUAAGGAAAAAAAAUACUUACAAAUAUGUCAGCUCAACAAUAAAUCAUAAUUCAUACUAG